UUCAGUCUCUCUCUAUCCCUCCCUCCCAAAAACAAGCCUUUUCUUUUUUCCCUCUCAAACUACGUCUUAGUUCUUCACCUGUGCAAGUCUUCAACUUUCUUAAUUUUCUUGCUUGGUUGUGAUGGAAGGUGGCUUAGUUUUACUUGGUGGUGGUGGUGGUGGUGGUAGUGGCAGUGGUGGUGGUUCUUCUGGGGUUUCUACGAAUGAGUCAGCAGUGUCAAAAGUGGAGGUUGUUUCUGAGGCAAGUUCAUAUCCAGCUGAGAGUGAGCUGGAGCUAGGCCUGGGGCUGAGCCUUGGUGGUAGUGGUGGUGCUACGGGGAAGACUAAGGUCGGUACUUCUUCAUGGGGCGAGUGUGGUAGAAUCUUGACUGCAAAGGACUUCCCUUCAGUGGUUUCUCAUAGAGCUAAUAAUGGUGGUCCUUCUGUUUCUGUUUCUGGGACCAAGAGAGCUGCUGAGUCUGUCUCUCAUGAGGGUGGAUCUCCGACUGGUGUCAGUCAAGUUGUGGGAUGGCCACCCAUAAGGGCUUAUAGGAUGAAUAGCUUGGUUAACCAAGCAAAGGCUCCAAGAGCUGAAGAUGAUGGAAUUGGGGAAAAGGAUAAAGCCAAGGAUUCUUUUAAAAAGAAACCUUACAAUGGUAACAAAAUCAAUUCUGCUGUUAAUGAAAAAGGGCAUCUUGGGUUUGUUAAGGUAAAUAUGGAUGGAAUUCCAAUAGGAAGGAAGGUGGAUUUGAAUGCUCAUUCAUGCUAUGAGAGUUUGGCCCAAGCACUGGAAGAUAUGUUUCUUAGAUCUGCUCCAACUAUUAACUCAAUUGGUGCAGAGAAGGAACAAGUAACGAAGCCCUCUAAGCUUUUGGAUGGAUCAUCUGAAUUUGUUCUGACUUAUGAAGACAAAGAGGGAGACUGGAUGCUUGUAGGAGAUGUCCCAUGGAGGAUGUUUCUCAGCUCAGUCAGAAGGCUCCGAAUCAUGAGGACAUCUGAGGCCAAUGGACUUGCUCCAAGAUUUCAUGAUAGGAAUGAAAGGCAAAGAAGCAAGCCCAUUUAGCAUCAUUGCCAUCUGUCAUUUAAAUUCCAGAAAGAUGAAAAGAGAAUCCACAGCUUGAAAACACAGAAGCUAAAGGAAACUAGAGAAGUUGAUGAGUUGAAGCAUUUUGCCAAGAUUGGUUUCUCACUGCUUGUUAGAGUCGUUCUCAAAAUCAUUACAUGGUUCUUGCUGCUUUUUGGUUUUUGUUAGGUCAUAUUCAAUUUAGUUUUCGCCCUUUAUAUAGUGCCAUCAUACAGUCCUGCGACCUUGACUGAAUGCUGUUUUGUCAUACUGUAAAUAUGGGAGUACUUGAAAUCUUAGAGUGUUUUGAGUUUUGCUGCAAUCAAGCAGCUCAGAUUUACUUUUGUGAUAGAAGAAAUGGUUGUGUGAUUCUGAUGUCGUGUUCCCCUCCUGUUUGGUUGGCCAUGUUUUCUUUAUGUUAUACUUUAAUCUGAAGUCCUGAGUGUUUUAUUAUUGGCA